GUGGGCGUCCAGCGCUUCCGUGACGAGCUGGCGGCAGUGGAUCCUGAGUUCAAGGCAUCGCUCAAGGACAAGGAGGACAGGAAGGGGGAGAUGCAGCUUCGCAAGAAGGGUGAGUACGCUGCGAUGGCCUCGGACGGCAACAACCAGCAGAAGAAGUCUACCGCGGGCGAGCGCGAGGCGAGCCCGACACCGGUGGCGGAGGCCCCCGCCAGCACGGCCCUUCUCAAGCGCGCGGAGAUCGGCUGGCUCCAGUCCCUCAUCGGCGGCAAGAAGCAACUCGGCACGCGCAUGUCCUGGGCGGAGGCAGCUCAAGUCUUGGAGGCGCGCACGGUAGACAAGACAGUGGUCGCGCAUAUCAACAAGUGCAUCGCGGCCCAUCUCCCGAAGCGCCCUCCACCUACGAGCAAG